CAACCAGAGGUCAGAGGGUGUUAAAUGAGCGUAUCUGAACUUCUGAAGUGUGUAGUUGUAUCUAUAAUUCUAUAUCCCGUUAGUUGUAGUGCGCACAUAAGCUCAGUUCGGCAGCCAAGAUGUCCAUCACUCUAGAUAAAACCUUCGCGGCACUCCCUGCCACCAAACGCGGUACGAAUGUCCUACUUUCUGCCGAUCCGAAGGGCGAGAAGCUGUUGUACUGUUGCUACCGCAGUGUGAUCACUCGAGAUAUAGCGAGCCCUGAUGUGUCAGACAUCUACCAGCAGCACGCCCAGGAGUGCACUACAGCCAGGUACGCUCCCUCUGGUUACUAUAUUGCAUCGGCGGAUACGGCCGGAAACGUUCGCAUCUGGGACACUGUCAAUGAGGAGCACAUUCUCAAGCACGAAUACCGUCCGCUAUCAGGGCCCAUCAAGGACCUGGCCUGGUCGGAGGACAGCAAACGUAUUGUUGUGGGCGGUGAGGGUAAGGAGACCUUCGGUGCUGCGUUUCUGGUCGAUACCGGGUCUUCUGUAGGCGGUAUUACAGGCCAUGCCAAGGCCAUCAACUCGAUCGACAUGAAGCCCAACCGGCCGUACCGUGUGAUCACUGCGAGUGAAGACAAUGCCAGUGGGUUCUACCAGGGCCCGCCCUUCAAAUUCAGUCACAGCAACACCGACCACACGAAGUUCUGCCAAGUCGCCAGAUACAAGCCAGAUGGCUCGGUGUAUGUAACAGCUGGGUCUGACGGUCGCAUCUUCACAUACGACGGUAAGUCAGGGGAGAAGCAGGGAGAAGUCGGAUCAACCGCACACAAGGGCAGUGUCAUGUGUGUGUCAUGGAGCCCCGAUGGUUCAGAGCUGCUGUCCGUGUCUGCGGAUAGGACCGCCAAGAUCUGGAAGGUGAGUGGUGUGGACAGCAGUGUGUUGUGCGUGCAUGUGCAGCGCUCAGAUAUACAUCAGUCCGAUGUAUAUAUAUGUAUAUAUAUAUAUAUAUAUGUAAAUAUAUAUAUAUAUAUAUGUAUAUAUAUCAAUAUCAAUAUUAAUACACAUAUGCAUAUUCUCUCCUCUCUAACCACACAGAUAUACUCCGGUGACUUCACCGGCCGUAUUGUGGAGUGGGAUGCGUCCACUGGCAACGGCCAAACUCUCACAGGCACCGUGCAUACCAACCAAGUCAAUACACUCCUCAGCACCUCUAGCGGCCAGCUCAUCUCUGUGGCCAUGGACGAUACUCUGAUCGCAUCCAAAGGGUCCAGUAGUGAUAGACAGGGCGUACAGACAUCCACAGGCUCUUGUCCUCUGUCGGCGGCCCAUGGGGGUGACAUCACUGCACUCGCCUGUGCAAAGGGCAUCGAGGUCUAUCGCGGAAGUGAGAAGAUCCUCACUGAAGACACGGAAUUUGAUUGUACUGUGGUGGCCGUCUCACCUGAUGCACGAUAUAUUGCAGUGGGUGCGAAAGACAGCAAGGUGCGUCUCUUCGACUUCAGCUCAGGCAAGCUGUCCUUAGUAGCUACGAAAGACUGUAAAGGUGCGCUUUCGGCGUGUGCCUUCUCGCCCUGUGGUACCAAACUGGCCACCGGAGAUUCGGGUCGAAACGUGUUUUUGCACUCCUGUCCCGAUUUAGAAACGGUACAAAGCGGGUGGGUGUUUCACUCGGCCAAGGUGAACUGCAUGGCCUGGGCUAAGGACGGCAAGCAUUUGGUCACCGGAGGAAUAGACCAGAACAUUAUUGUGUGGAGCCUGGAGCAGUCGCGCAAGCGACUGACGUUCAAAAAUGCCCACCAAGGUGCUGUGACUGGUGUUGAUUGGUUGUCAGACAACAAGAUUGUCUCAGCGGGACAGGAUGCGCACGUGCGUACCUGGGACCUCACUUUCCACUGAUUUUAUCCAACGGAAGAUCUGAUUGGGUGUCCGCAGAUGUUCUAUUAACAGCCGACGAUUCGAUUAGUAGCUACUGGACAAGAUUUGCAUUCUGUAGGUGUAAGAGCAAAUUGAGCAAUGCUUGCUCUAUGCGAGAGUUUAGUUCAACCUUACCCGAAUACGUUGGGGGGGGUGAGUUGUAAUUGUUCUGUGAACAAAUGUUUUCGAAGCACUGCAUGGCUCAAAGUAAGUUGUGCGGAAAAUUGAAUAUUAAAACAAAUAUACAAAGUGGUGUGGAAUUCCAA